UAUUUUUGCAUUGUUAUUGCGUUUUAAUAGUUUCAACUGAAACGAUCAGUAUUGUCAUUCGAUUUUAAAGUAUCGUAUAGUGAACAAUAAAAAUUAUAAACAAAAAUCAUGUCUAUGUUUAAUAAUGCCCACCAUGAAUCAGGUGGUGUCGUCCUAUUCAAUGGUGAAUUGAUAUUGUUAUUCUGUGAAAAUGUUAACAUUCAUGUUAUUGAACGAAAUCACAAUGAAACUGGCAAACUUUACCUGACCACACACAGAAUGAUAUUCACUAAUCGUUCAAUGUCAAGUGGUUUGAAAUCAUUAUCGAUUCCUUUUUAUACAUUGCAUGACCUUACAUUGGAACAACCAAUUUUUGGUGCGAAUUACAUUAAGGGUAAAUCAACUGAGGCUGGAAACAAUUCUAAAUUCACAUUUAAAUUGAAAUUCACAAGUGGUGGUGCAACUGAAUAUGGACAAGCUUUGUUAAAUGCUGCUAAAUCUGUUAGGAAUUAUCAGCAAUCCACUGCUUUUCAACCUCCACCAGCUUAUUCAAAUCCGGCCGGACAAUAUUAUCAGGCGCCACCAAAUGUUUAUCAGCCUGCCUAUAAUUGUGGCUUUGCAUUACCGAAUGAUAUAUUUAAUCAACCGCCACCAGCUGGAUUUAUUUACACAUCGGAAGCACCACCACCGUAUCCAGGAUUGAAUACACAUGAAAUGCAAAAAUCAGCAUAUCCAACACAGCCACCACCACAACAAUCUGCCGGUGGACAGCCACCACAAAUGGGAUUCGGUGGAUUUCAACAGCCUGGAUUUCAUCCACAAAAUCCACCACCAGCUUAUCCAGGAUCCCAGAAUGGAUAUCCAUCAAGCGGUCAAAACAGUCAACAACCAACCAAUUCAAUGUAUCCUAAUCUCAACAAUUUGGCACCAUCUGCACCACCACUCUAAAAAAAUUUAUUUGAAAAUCCCACAAAAUACUUUAUCUUUUAUUCAUUUACAGAAAAAUACUUUUGUUGUUUAAUUAAAUAUUCGCGAUUCUUAUUUAAACUAAUA